GAAUCUAAUUACUACUGAUUUAAAAAAAAAAUAAACAAAAUUUAAAGCUAUAAACAAGCAAUUUAGCAAGAAUAUUGGACUGGUUAACUAGGUCGCAGCUUUUUGGUGUACCGACAACCACUGGUAAAACAAUGGCCAUUGGGCACCUACCAUUCAAUUUGCUUGACAUGUGUAGCAUGAUAUCCAUAUAUCUCCUUCUCCUUCCUUUAUUCAUCGCCAACCAUCUAUCUCUCUCCAAUGGAGGUUUCGUGGGAAACUAGUGUCACAGACUCCAUCAAUACUAUCUACCUACUUUUUUCAGCAUACCUCGUCUUCGUUAUGCAGAUAGGCUUUGCCAUGCUCUGCGCCGGAUCCGUUCGAGCCAAGAAUGCCAUGAACAUAAUGCUCACAAAUGUGGUGGAUGCUGUCGUCGGCAGCAUUUCCUACUACCUCUUUGGCUUUGCCUUUGCCUUUGGCAGCUCAAACCCUUUCAUCGGCUCUCAAUACUUUGCUCUUAAAGAUGUCCCGAACACCAGCUAUGACUACAGUUUCUUUCUUUUUCAAUGGGCAUUUGCUAUUGCAGUUGCUGGAAUCACUAGUGGCUCGAUAGCUGAGCGAACCCAGUUCACCUCCUACCUAGCUUUUUCCUUUUUCCUCACUGGAUUCGUUUACCCGGUUGCAGCUCAUUGGGUUUGGUCCUCCAGUGGGUGGCUUAGCCCAAGUUCAAGCACUCCAUUGUUCAGUUCAGGUGCUAUUGAUUUUGCAGGGAGCGGUGCAGUGCAUUUGGUGGGUGGAGUUGCAGGAUUAUGGGGAUCUUUCAUAGAAGGCCCGCGGAUUGGCCGAUUUGAUGCCUUUGGAAAACCCCUGCAAAUGCGAGGACACAAUGCCACUCUUGUGGUACUCGGGACAUUCUUGUUGUGGUUCGGUUGGUUUGGGUUCAACCCAGGUUCAUUUGAUAAAAUUCUUGUUGCAUACCCUAAUACAACAGAUGAGGGCAACUGGACUGGGGUGGGCCGAACUGCAGUCACAACCACACUUGCUGGGUCAAUGGCUGGAAUUACAACCCUACUCGGCCGACGCUUGCUCGUGGGUCACUGGGACGCACUGGAUGCUUGCAACGGGGUUCUGGGGGGAUUCGUCGCGAUCACGUCAGGCUGCUCCGUGGUUGAGCCAUGGGCUGCAAUAGUAUGCGGGUUUUGUGCUGCAUGGGUCCUGAUUGGGCUCAACAUCUUGGCGCUGAAACUGCAGUAUGAUGACCCACUAGAGGCAGCUCAGUUGCACGGUGGCUGUGGAGUCUGGGGUCUGCUAUUUACAGGCUUGUUUGCCAAGGAAGAAUUUGUUGUUCAGGCCUAUGACUCGGGCCAGAGCGGUGUGGUUCGCCCAUAUGGCAUCUUGAUGGGUGGGGGCUGGGGUUUGCUCGGAGCCCAAGUGAUUGAGGUUCUGGUGAUUGUGGGCUGGGUCAGUCUCACAAUGGGCCCUCUUUUCUACAUCCUCCAUAAACUCAGGAUUCUGAGGAUUUCUUUUGAGGAUGAAAUUGCGGGGCUUGAUAUCUCGAGUCACGGAGGGUACGCAUAUGUUGCACAUCCAGAAGAAAACUAUCCCCGCUUUUAUGCAGAUUACAUGCACAUGCAAGAAUAGCAGCGACCGAGCAGCACUGCAGCUUUGAUGGAUUAUUUACAGUUCAAUCUUUUAAUAUUCCCCGGACAGAGAAGACUGGGCUAUUGCAGUGGCAGCUAUGGAAAUUCCUCCUACCACCGAAACCCAACCCAGAUGCCAAAGGGAUGUAUCCUUCCAAGCGCAAGAGAUGUGUACCCGAUCAAGCGAAGACUCAAGCUCGAGUGAAAGUUCAACGAAUCUAAUGUUUAUUUUUUAAGGGUGAAGUGAACAACCAAUCAAAGAUUGCAAUAAAGACAGACAAUUAGUUUCCUUGCA